AUGAUACCAAACCUCCUCCAAAAGCUCAUGCGCCCAUUCUCCAGCGCCACCAUGGGCGUCGCCGGCCCCAUCGGCACCGGCAUCGGCUCCAUGCCCGCGCACACUGAGAAGCUGACUAUCGCCGCCGGGUGCUUCUGGGGCGUGGAACACAUCUACCGCCACCAUUUCGGCGGCGGGAAGGGACUGCUUGAUGCCCGUGUGGGCUAUAUCGGCGGUAACACGGAGAACCCGAGUUAUCGUGCGGUGUGCUCGGGGAGUACUGGCCAUGCGGAAGCGCUACAGGUCCUCUACGACCCCAGCGUCGUCUCGUACGAGCGCCUGGUCGAGUUCUUCUUCCGCAUGCACGACCCGACGACGGCGAACCGCCAGGGGCCCGACGUGGGGUCGCAGUACAGGAGCGCCAUCUUUUACCACUCGCCGGAGCAGGAGGCGGGGGCGAGGAAGAUCUUGGGCGCGGUGGAGAGGGAGUGGUUUGCUGGGAAGAGUGUGGCGACGGAGGUGCUGCCCGCGGGGAGGUGGUGGGAUGCGGAGGAUUAUCAUCAGUUGUAUUUGGUGAAUAAUCCUGGGGGUUACGAGUGUCCGUCGCAUCAUGUCAGGAACUUUCCGGAAUUGUCGGUGUUGUAG